AUGGGUGCCUCUGCUUCUAAGCCUGAGACAAAGGUGUUUACACCUGCUGCACCAGUUGACUUCAGUGCAUCGUUUUUAUCACAAUUAGAAAAUUCAACCGAGUCUGAUUACUCUCGUGCACAAUAUACUGAAAAAUACAUACAAGAAAGAGUUGCUUCAGAACUCAAAAAAUUAGAAACUGAAACAAUCAAUAAAUUCCAAGGAUCUUUGAAAGAAUCGGUAAAUAAGGCAGAAGAUAAGUCAACCUUAAACGUAAAUGAAACAAAUGAAAAAAUCGAUAAAUUGACUAAAGUUUUGGAAGCUAACUCGCAAUUUUUCAAAGUCGAGGUUAAUGACUCCCUCACCAAAUCAAGAAACUCUGUUAUUGAGUGUUUAAAGGAAAACAAGGGAAAGAGCUUAAAUUGUUGGGAUGAGGUUGAAGAAUUUAGAAAAUUAGUUAAACAAUUAUAA